CUCCCAUAUAAAAAGGUUACUCUCAAGCGAAUUUUUAUGUUUCGCGGUAAAUGUUCCAAAAUAAACAACAACAACAACAGAAUUUGUUUAUUUUAGCGAUCUACGGCUUCAAAAAGGAUCUACGAUGGACGAUGCUUUGGAAUUAAGCAUCCAAGACAACGAAUUCGAUGCUGAAUUGCCUCAAAACGACGAAACGCAAGAAAUAUGCGCAAAACCAGAUACAAAAGUGAAAUUAGAGACUGCGUUUGACCCAAGCGAUUAUAUAUCGUUGACUGAAGCUAAACAAAAGUUGCUGCAAAGUCUGGAGCAGUAUGAUUUGAAGGAUGAUGUGAAGUUGUGUUCCCGAGGCUCGGUGAAAAGUCGCCUGGGCGUUCGAGAGGAGGGUGUUGAGGUUAUGGAGUAUUCAGACUCGAAUGAUUUGGAGGGCAGUCAUACAGAUUCUAGAGAGAAUGAGGUCACAGGUCCAAAUCAAGAUGGGAGUGAUGGUUCACAAUCAACGAGUAUGUUUAACUGUACCCUGAGACUGCCGGCAGCCGGAACCUAUUCAAAUUAAAUACGGCACAAGUUCGGCAGCUGAUUUACCAGUGUGGAAAGUUUGUAUUGCGCGGCCGAGAUAUCCGGCGUGCAAUUUCCAAACUUUCCAGUUAGGCUGAUUUAGACAUUGUACCGUGCCAAAAUACAACUACACUAUAUCAGAAAUUUCAGCACUAAGUUGCUAAUAUAUCAUAAUCAUAUGAUAUAUUGCAUGAAAGCAUGUAGCGUUUAAACCCAUGUCGAACCUGUGUGGCAUUUUGUGCUGUGACAAACAUAAUCAAAACUUGCCGAACUUAAUUGAUUUAGACGCUGCUCUUCUGUCGUUCUUAAUUGUUGUAUUCGGUUUAGCUUGCGAAUACAAACUCUUCGAAUCGCACCCCUUGGAAGAAUGUACUUGUCGCACAUAUUCUUCCAUGGGGCAUGAUUCAAAGAGUUUGUAUUUGCAGGCUAUAUUAGGUUGGGCUCACCAGAAGUUCCCAUCUAAACCAGGCCUUACAAAAUAAACCAAUCUCUCCCCCCUGCAAAAAAACUUUCUCUAACCCUAUCAGGUCUAGUAAACCCUUUGAGAGUUAAAACAAGUCAUGAGAAAAAGUUUUAAGAAAAAUAUUUUACAUCGGACAAAAUUACCCUGACAGGAUUUGAACCUGCACUCUUUGAUUUCAUAGACGUACACUUUAACAAAAAUGCCACAGAAUGAAUGCAGCCCAGAAAUAUCAGCUGUAAAAUUACCAACAGUUUUACCAGCAAGUAGCCGGCUGUCUGGUCAUUUGUUUCAUUUAAUUAUGAGUUGUCAAAACUAUUCAUAAUCUAAGAAGGGCACCCACUACAAUUUCAUUGUUGUUUUAGAUGCAUCAACAAGAAGUUCAAACAGAGCAGACGAUAUUCCACGCAGACCGUCCAUGAAAAAUUUGUGUAAACGUUUGCAUGUCAGAUGGUACGACAAUCCGGUCAAGGUUGGGAAAGAAAUUGCCGAACGACUUGAAGAAGUAUGAGUUGUUUGAUUGACCAAUUUGUGCUCGCUUACAUGUUAUAGGUAGCAUCGCCCCUCGUACUGUAAGUAGCCUCGCUGGAUGGUUCCCUAACUUAUGUAGCCAUACAUGUGAUUCUGCUCAACUGCCAUAUACAGUAGACUAACUGCUUAACUUGCAGUGCUGUGAGUAACUUUGCUACAAGUAACUAGUUACAUGUUUUUGUUACUUUUUUAAGUAACUGUAAUGGUAACUAGUUACAAGUUACAUUCUGAAAAAAGUAACUAACUAGUUACAAAAAUUAGGAAUAAAAUGUAAUGAUAACUAGUUACAUUUGCCGUCAAGAACGCCGUUACUUUUUGUGUGCUUGCAUGAAUCUUCGUCACAAUUCACACGGCGCUACCUCUGCGGUGCUACAGUGCAUUCUGGACUAUUUACAGUAUUAGAAAAGACGAAAAUUCUCUUCUGGUCAAAUUAAAUAAAAAUCUUGUCUAACUUAUAACAUGUUUUCUCAAUUCUAUUAGCCAAAGGAAUGGAUGUAACUUUGCCAUAAGUUUUUUUUUCAAUUGUAACUUGUGUCGGUAACUACUGUACUUACUUUUCUGAUGAUGUAACUGCAACUAGUUUAUUCUUUCUUGUUCAAAUCUAGCACAAGUUUUCACUGAUCAUCGAAACUGUCAAAAUCAUCGGUGGAAAGAAAGCUUUGGAUCUCUUCAACGAAACAAAACAAGUACAACUGAAUGGAGGAAUGAAAACAUGCAACGGAUCAAGAAGGUAGGGUCUGUGUCAAUGUUUAUAAGGCAACAGCCAGGGGCAGAUCUAACUCCAUCUACAAGGAGGGUUGCAAGUUUUCCAUGGGGUGGUGCACGAGGGAGCCUUACUGCCCACUCUCCUCUGCAGUCUGCAACGCUACUAUCCCAAUAUUACCAUUAUUCUGGGUUUUUUACAUUAUCUUUUGUUUAUAAAGUUUAUAUCGGCUUUUUAUCACGUAUGCGUGACUGGACAGUUGCUGUAGCACAGUACAGUAAAUUUGCUUGUUAAAGUACAGUAUAUUUGAAAAUAUGGCUGUACUACAACAACCUCGACAUGUUUACGUAUUAACCAUUAUGUUUAACUAAAGCUUCGGAGUAUUUUCUCGUGAGCUCACAAAUCAAUUGAAUCGUUUCAUUCCUUUUAGGCGAACGAGCGGAGGUGUUUUCUUGACGUUACUAAAGUCGAGCAACUAUGCGACUGAUGAACAAAUUAAAGAAAUAUUCAAAGAUGAUCUCUCGAUCAAAAAAGAAGCUUUGAAACGUAAGAAAGCAGCGUAUAAUCAACGAAAGAAAGCGAGGAAGCUAUUAGAGCAACAACAGGCAAACAAGGACAUUGCUAACAUUGAACAACAGAAUUGUGACACUGUGCAACCGGAAAAUAACUCUAUGCAAGCAGAGGACAACACAAAUGAGGUUUUGGAAGAAGAUGCAAGUAGCGUUAAGCAAGAAGAGUGAAUGAGUUUAUAUUCUAGUGUAAUAAUCCUAAGUUGCUAAACCGCGCUAAGAGAAUGCGUUGGGUGAAUUGCGAAGAAAGUCUUUUUUGUUUUAUGUUAUUUUGUUUGGUGUAAAUGCGAAAACAUUAUACAAGCGCCGUCUUUUUUGUACCAAAACGAAUUACAUUUUAAUAUUGUCGUCCGUGAAAGACUAUUUGAAAUGUCUUUAAUGCUUGCUUAUAAACUAUUAUUAUUUAUUAAUAUUACAAUAUUGGUGUUUCGUGCGCAUUCUUUUUUUUACCGAAACAAUGCCAGAAGUCAGAAGUACCUUUUCAAAUGCUAGAACUACCUUUUCAAAUGCUAGAACUCCCUUUUCAAAUACCAGAACUUGGUUUUCAAAUACCAAAACUUGGUUUUCAAAUGCCAGAACUCCCUUUACAAAUGCCAGAACUCCCUUUUCAAAUGCCAGAACUCCCUUUUCAAAUACCAGAACUUGGUUUUCAAAUACCAGGACUUGGUUUUCAAAUGCCAGAACUUGGUUUUCAAAUGCCAGAACUCCCUUUUCAAAUGCCAGAACUCCCUUUUCCAAUGCCAGAACUCCCUUUUCAAAUGCCAGAACUCCCUUUUCAAAUGCCAGAACUUGGUUUUCAAAUGCCAGAACUUCCGUUUCAAACGCCCUUUACAAAUGUAGUGUUGGUUUUCUAUUUUAUACCGUUAUAUAAACAAGAAUUUUCAGUUCAAACAUAAUUAAAGACAAAUUUUAACACUACAGUAUAAUCUAUACAAAAUCUAUCACGUACCCAGCAUUUCGCUAUAACACACUCGCCAAAAUGCUAUCAUGUCAAUAUUUACAAAAAAUAACUAAAUAUUUUAACCUACGUCUUUAAAAUACGUGUAUAUAUACUGAAUUCUCCAAAAGAACCCAACACCUCAGCCGUAGCACACCUUAGCACAAUACAAUAGAUGUAGUCGCUAUGACAUGCUCAACAUCACGUCUUGUUGGCAACCCAAGUCAUAUAUUUCUCUAGGCAGAAUGUAUUUCUAUAAAUGAUUCAAAGAACAAUUUAUAAUGGAUAAUCUAAUUCCCUUUGACAGUUCCUUUUCAUAAGGCAACUCAGACUAGUUUACACUACUGGAUAGCUUUCUGUGAAAAACAUCUAUCCGUACCUUUUAGGAACGUUAUUUUCAGAAGAAUUAUUGCAACGGAGAGAUGUUGCUUCGUUCAGCUUCUGAAAGUUGUACAUUCCGUAUUGGAUAGGUGGUUUUCGCGCCGCUACGCAAAGCUAUUUGGUAUAGUGGAAACGUAGUCUAAGUCGGUAAAAUAUUAAAAAGCUGUCAUUAUGAAACAGUAUUUUACCUUGAUAGUUAACCGAGCAGUUUUCUUCUGGAUGUGAACCACAGAAGUUUAAAUCCACGAUAAUUUCUUGUUGCAUCACUUCUAAAUUUGAUUAGCAUCCGAUUGGUGAAAGCUGUUAUUGUUCC